GUUUGGAAGGCGUCCUUCCAUUAUCCUCAGUUAUGUGAUAGCCAGCAUUGCAGGAAUAGCAAGUGCUUUCACUUCCAAUUUCUACACAUUUAACUUUCUGAGAUUUUUUGUUGGUGCUACAAUCAUACCAUUAUCAGAAGAUCCAUAUGUUCUUAGUUUAGAAUAUAUUGGAGUCAAAAAACGAACUUUAGUCAUCAUUAUAUGGUCCAUGGGCUACAUUAUUUUUUCAGCCAUUUGCCCUUGGAUUGCUUAUUCUUUGCGAGACUGGCGUUUACUUUGCGUUAUUACUUCUGUACCACUUGCUGCCAUACCAAUUUUUGGAAAAUUUGUACCUGAAUCUGCUAGUUGGUUACUUACUCGUGGAAGACAGAAAGAAGCUAUAGCUUUACUUAAAACAGUAGCUCGUGUUAAUGGGAAUGACUAUCCAGAAGAAUAUGGUGAUAGCUGUGAGAAAAGCAGUGAAGAAAAUACUGAUGCAACCGCCUUAGAUUUAUUUAAAACUCUUCGUCUUAGAACCAAUAGUUUGGUUUUAGCCUUAACAUGGUUUGUAGUAUAUUGUUGUUACCACACUAAUACUCAAAAUGCUUCUAAUUUGGGAACAAAUGUGUAUGAUUCCUUCACCUAUAGCUCUUUAGUGGAAAUACCAUCACUUUUUAUAAUACUUUUUGGAGUUGACUGGUUGGGCAGAAGAUGGCCUAUAGUACUUUCAUCUUUAGUGGCUGGUAUUGCUGGAUUAGUUAUUUUGAUUAUACCAAAAGAUGCAACGAAUACCUAUUUGGGAUUGGCCUUAAUUCAAAGAGUUACCAUCACCAUCGUAUACAAUGUGAUAAUGCAGUAUUCUGCGGAGCUCUUACCAACUGUCCUAAGAGGACGCGGACUGGCCUUUCUUAGAGUGAUGGGAACUCUUGGACUUUAUCUUAGUCCAUCCAUUGUGUACCUGUCCAUGACAAUGCCUGGUUUACCUCUUGUAAUCACGGGUGUUCUCAUGAUAUUUAUUUCAACUAUAACUGUGAUUCUUCCUGAAACUCUUCACAAACAUUUGCCUCAUAGCAUCGAGGAUGGUGAAAAUUUUGGAAGGAAUCAAAGUAUUCUUGAUUGUCCGUGCCUAAACAAGAGGUCUGUAAAUGAAGAAGUGGAAUCUCCAUACAAACUGUCAUAAUUGCACUUAUUUUCUCUACCUCUUUAUAUUUAUUAAAUUUUACAUAUUAAAAAUCCAAAAAUUUAGAUUUUUUUUUUAGAAUUUUUACAUUUUACAUAGUGUUAUAUAUCUAGUCUUGUUUGAAUUAUAAUUACUUGUUAACAUGUUACUACUUAAAUAAACUAUAAUUCACUCUACUAAAA